AUGCAUUCCUUCUCACCCCACAUUCUUAUUUCUUACUGGCCGUUAUUUCUGGUUACAGGCACUGUUCUGUUCAAUGAGUACUUCAUUUAUUUCAUCAAAAUCAGCUUUACUUGCAACUGGUUAUCGACCAUAGUUCACUUCAGCGAUUCUGACCGAAUUCAUGUCUUCUUCAUUGCUGAUACACACAUAUUGGGUGUGAAGAAUGGCCAUUGGUUCGACAAACUAAGAAGAGAAUGGCAAAUGUACCGAUCAUAUCAUUCGGCCGUACACUUACUAUCUCCUGACGCUGUUUUCUUCCUAGGUGAUCUCAUGGACGAAGGGCAGUGGGGAGAUUGGAGCACAUUUGCUAAAUAUGCGGAUCGCUUUGAUUCUUUGUUCCGUUCCUCUUUAAGCAAGCCAGAAGUUCAUAUGUUAGCAGGAAACCACGACCUUGGUUUUCACUAUGCUAUAUCACCAUUUCGAGUACAGUGGUUUGAGGAGAGGUUCAACCGUAGCAUAGUAGACACUGUAAGUAUAAAAGGGCAUCACUUUGUUCUUAUAACCUCUAUGGCUUUACAUCGUGAUGGAUGUCGACUAUGUCAUGAGGCUGAAGUGGAGCUUGAGAAUCUAGCGAAAGACCGAUUUCAACCCUUUCGCAGACCAAUAUUGCUUCAACAUUUUCCUUUGUUCAGACUCAACGAUGACGAUUGCUUGCGUGACGACGAUUUUGACUACGAGGAUCCGGCCAGAAAUGAACUCUACCGACCUGGUUGGGAAGCGCUGUCCGAAGCGUCCACACAGUUUCUAAUUCAGAAGUUUGAACCCCGUGCUGUCUUUAACGGGCAUACUCAUAGAGGAUGCAAGAAGAGGUGGGUCCAACCAGUAGAAUUUUGGGAGUAUACAGUGAACUCGUUUUCAUGGCGCAAUGGCGAUCGUCCAACUUUUCUCUUGGCGACAAUAUCUGAACACGAUGUAGGUUUUUACUUCAGUAUCACUUUUGGUUAUUACUCUUGGACCACUUUGAAUUAG